AUGCGGCCCCAGCCUCCCGCCGCUCGGGCUCGGCCCCGGCCAGAGCCCCGGCCCCGGCCCCGGCGCCGGCCCCGCGGGACCCUCGCCGCGCGUAGCCGAGCCCAGCGGACCGAGAGACCGAUGGCUGAGCCGCGCACCGCGUCCCCGCGCCGCCCGCCCGCGCUGCGCCGGCCCCGGCUUCUGCCGCCUUUGCUGCCGCCGCUGCUGCCGCUGCUGCUGCUGCUACUGUUGCCGCUACCUGUGCCAAGCCUGGGUCUGGGCCAUUCUGCUGAGCUGGCAUUUUCCGUGGAGCCAAAUGAUGAUAUUGCAAACCUUGGACAGCCCAUCAUGCUGGGCUGCAAAGUAGAGGGCACCCCUCCAGUGCAGGUCUCCUGGAGGAAGAAUGGAGCGGAGCUGCCUGAGGACACCCACACCACCCUACUGGCCAAUGGCUCCUUGCUGAUCCACGACUUCAGGCUGGAGCAGGGAGAGAGCCCUUCAGAUGAGGGCGACUAUGAAUGUGUGGCUCAGAACCGCUUUGGGCUGCUGGUCAGUCGGAAGGCUCGUAUCCAGGUUGCAAGAUUACAUGCAAGCAUCACCACACUAGGGCUUACAGACUUUAAAAACCGAGACUGGAAAGUUCUGAUGAGGGCUGCUGACACCCGUGGUGUAUUGCAGAGGGUUUCCUUCAUGAGUUCCCAAAGCACACUGGAUACAGGAGCCUGGCCGUGAGUUGGCAUUCAAG